UUCGAUUCAAGCUAAGUAGGCUGCUAAAUUAUCUGUCAAUACUAGGCGCUGCGUAAAUUAUUUGUAAUGAAGUAGUCAAAAUUCGCAGUUGAACUAAUUCGAUUAAAAAUUCAAAGUUACAAAAAAAGGAAACAUGAAGCUACAUUUUGAUUCAAAAUUUUGUCAGUAUCCAAAGACGUACUUUUCAUUCGUUCUGAACGCCCUCCUGUGGGAUCGCAACUGGUUCACCAAAGUGUGCACCAACUGCCCGUUCUAUCUUUACUCGAACACAUUUGCGGCGCUUUACUUGUGUUUAAAUCUGAUCCUGGCAUCCUGCGAAUUGUUCCGGCAGAUUCUCGUGCCCAUCGCAGCAACGGACGAAUACGACGACAAACUAACAAUCCCGCUGCGCUUCUGGAAGUUCGAUCUGAGCUUUCGGAUACCGCAUCAGUAUCUGCUACUAGGACGAGCCCUGUUCCACGUACAAGCUUUGGCACGGAGUCUGUACAACCUGGCGGUUGGCAAUUACGGAGCCCUGUUGGGUUUGGUGGUCUUUGUACCGAUAUUUUUCGUAAUGGAUGUGAUCAACUUCGGGACCGAAUGGAGCAAACGGCGAGGGCAGGACGAUUUCCGAACAUUUAUCUGGAAGGAAUCCCUAUUGCUGGGGGCGACGGUUGUGUUCUGGACCAAUUUGUGCUGCUUACUGUAUAACGAAUACGCGGGAUGCAUUUUUGAUAAAUAAUAAAGCAUUUUACAGUACAAAAUUUACGCAGAACCAUAUACCUAUACAGAUACCUCGGCUCGUUUCACGGUGCAUCGGUUAGUUGAUCCUUUGUAAGAUCACGUCACAAACCAUAGGUGACUCAUUGUUCAACAAUAUACAAAAUCCUUCCUUGUCUUGGGAGAUUCAGAGAGUUUCGGUUUCCUUAACAACGAUUGUCU